GGAGAAACUACUUCCGGGUCACAAAAGAAACCUGGCGUCCACGUGAAUUAUCAGAGUUUGCAAAGCAAAGCGACUGGCCCUGCAAAGAGACAUUGAUCAGCAGCCUCAGCCCGUGCAGCUAGCCAAACCUUUGACAAGCCAGACGUCCGUUGCUGUGCAGAGGCCCGAGGAAAGGGUGAAAAUGAAGAUGGAGGAAGAAAAGAGUAUGGAAAAGAAAGAGAAGAAACCUAAGAAAGGACACGUCUCUCUGCCUAAAACCAAAAACUGUACUGUUGAUGAUGGGAGCCUGAUAGAGGUGAAAAAAGAAAAGAAGAAGCACAAAAAAGUUGAUGUGGUGGUUAUAGAAGAGGACUCUUGGGAUGGAGGUGUUGAAAAGGUAGAGGAGGAGGAGAAGAAGAAGAAGAAGAAGAAGAAGAAGAAGAAAGUUUCUGAAUCUCUGAAUGAUGCCAGUGGUUCUAAUGUCAAGAAUGAAAAUGACAAAGAAGUCGGCAAAAAGAAAAAGAAGGAGAAGAAGAAGAAGAAACUAAUGGCUGAAGGUGAGAAUGAAGUGGAAACUGCACAAAGUUUAGUAAAAGAAGAAGAGGAAAAGAAGAAGAAGAAAGUAACAAAUAAGUCUGUACAAGCUCAACCAGAAAAUAUAAAGAUAGAGAAAGAGGAGGAAGAAGAACAGGAUGUAAAGGAUAAACUGCCAAAGAAAGCAAAGAAGAGAAAAAACAAUACUUUAGUGGUAAGCACAGAGGAGACUAAAGAGCAAGUUAAAGAAAAGAAGAAAAAGAAAAGCACUGAUGAGGAAACCACAGAAGCUAUGGAUGGAAUAAGAGUAACAAAAAAGAAAAAGAAAUCUAAAACAAAAGUGGCUGAGAAUGGCGUGAAGUUAGAGACACUCGAGGGAGAGACGGGUGAGGUUGAAGAGGUGAAGAAGAAAAAGAGUGUGACAAUGAAGAAAAAGACAGAAAAUGGAAAUGAAGUAGCAACAGAUCAGAUCACAGACAAAAACAAAGUGAGCAAAGCAGAGAAAGACAGUGUGCUCAAAAAGAAGGACAAACCUGCAAAGAGUGAGGGUGUUAUUACAGAGAACAGUGAGACAGAGCUAAAGAAAAAAAGGCACAAAGAAAAGAGAAUGACAGCUUCUGUGGAGGUCAGCGAGGUAGAGACAGAGCCAAAUAAGAAGAAGAAAAGGAAAAAGGAAAAGUCAAAGGGAGAGGAAGAAGAACCACUAUCACGCAAAUGUGAAGACGCUGAGGAGCAGAGUAAGGAAACUCCUGCCACAGCAGCUGGGGAUGCAACAAGCAAAAAAAGGAAGAUCUCCAUUGAGGUGGAAGCACAGGCAGAGAACCUGAGUUUUGAAACUGGUGCAAAGAAGAAAAAGAAGAAGAUGAAAAUUAAAGAAGAGGUGGAAGACCAGGAUGAUUCAACCCAAGUGGAUGUGGUCUUCCUGUCAGAGAAAGCUGGAAACACUGAUGAGGUCACCAUCAACCAGGAGAGAAGACAGGCUUUACAGAUGGAGAUUGACCAGGCGUCUCAACCACAAAAACCAGCCAAAGCUAUGGGUUUGGGCCAGUGGAGCACCGCCCAGUUCGACAGCUCCGACCAGCAGCAGAAGUUCCUCCGGCUGAUGGGUGGCUUCAAAAAGGGUUUCCAGCCUGCUGCGGCGAGCACUGGAAGAGCAAACAUGGCACUGGACAAGAGCGCACAGCAGCAGUUGCAGCAAGGUCUGCUGGGAGAGUUUGAGCGCGCUCAGUCGCGCAGAAUGGACUUCAAUAACAGGGGCACGGGACUUGGGUACACUGCAUCAUCCAAUAAGAAGUUCUCCAUUGACAUCAGUGCAUGUCGAUCAGUUCGCUUUGAUGAUUGAUGUAAGGGUGUGUAGGAGGGAUCUUCAAGAGGUGUGUGUAUCUAUUGUAAGUAUAGUUUGAAACUAUAGAUUCACACACUGAACCGUUUGCUCAGGAUCACUGGAACAUCCACGUCUCAAAACACAGUUAUUAGAACUUUUAUAUUAAUGAAUAUCAGAGAAUGAAGGCAUAACACAAAAUACCUUUUGUACAUAGUGUAUAAUAACCGUCCUUCUGCUCAGGGAGCUGGGCUGAUGUAUGUUUAUCAUGUGAUUUCAGUGGGUCCCUGUUUACUCUGAGUCGGCUUUGCAGGUGCAAAUAAACAUGCUUUUAGUCAGAGUUUUUAAGUGAGCCAACACGUCCACGACGCCUACACUUUAAUGAAGACAUGUUGGGUUAAUUUGUCAAAUCCAGAGUGGUUAGGAGUUUCUAAGGCUUUGUGAUUUUGUUCAUUACUUUCAUUCUAAUAGUGACCAUGAGCAUAACCUGCAGUGUUAGAUGACACUGAUUGAUGUGUACUGUUGUCCUCACACACAUUCAGAAGUUUGAUAUUUUCAUGAAUGAUACUCAGGAUUUUAAAUACUGAGCGGAGAGAAAGAAUGCUUAGUCUUUGGGUGUUUGAAGCCACUUAGUUUUCCUAACAGUUGAGAAUGAGCAGCUGUGUGUGCACUAAAAUCACAAUUUGUCACUUACAGCACAUCCAUUAAAUCAGUGUGGAUAAAAGGAAGAAACACACUUAUGGUUCUGUUAGUCAUUUUAUACCAAUGUUGCACAUGAAUGGCAUCUGCUGUAAAGUAAAACAAGGAGAAUCAAAGUACAUUUUACUUCAAAGAUACAAUAAGAACAUUUCUGCUUGCUUGUAGGCUCAGUAUUGUUUAGUUUUAAUAAUGUGCUGGAAAACAAGAAAGAAAUGUUCCACUAUCACAUGUACUUCAAUAUUCCAUGCAUGGUAGCAGUGUUGUAAUUUGGAUAGAACAUUUGGCUCUCUUGAUCACAUUCAUUGUCCUUUAAAACAACUGUGUGGACGGUGUUUGUCCAGCAGUUUACUUGAAACUGCGAAAGUUAGAAAAAUGAGCCCGAGAUUAAAAUGUCUUUCAACUAAAUUAUUGUCUUUUGCCACUUUAAUGAACAAGGUAUUAAAAACAAAAAACAGGUGAGCCCCAUCCAUGACAUCAUGCAAAAGAAGUUUCAAAGCACAGUGCUCACUUUUUGGUCAAAUCCUCCUCCUUUCAGACCAAAUACAACCGCCGCUCUUUGAUGUCUGUGGUUACGAGAUAUAGCGUUCAUGUUUGUCUUUACAUGAGAUGGAGUCUCACGUUUAUGCACCCAGCAAAGUGCACCAACUGAUUCAUCCUUUAAGUGACCUGACAAUCUGCCACGAUGCUCAUUAGCCAACCUGAGUGAAUCCUGCAUCUGUGAAAAAGACCUUUCUAUACUAGCUUCAAAAUUCAUAGAUUUAGCUCUCAACAUAGUGGUCACUUAAAAGGUUUGGCAGCUGCAACGUAACAUCCUGAGUGAACUUAGUCAGCUCUAAUCAUGUUUCCAUCAGGCAAUAAAGGGCAACUUUAAAGAAACCCACAUUCCUUGUGCAUGCACUGAAUUGAGGUUAAAGUGUUUUUACAACAGUCGCCACAUUGUUUAGACGAUGUGUUCACAAUUUUGCAGUUUGGUCUGACGCUGCGUCUGUGUUUUCAAGCCGGCACAACCAAAUGAUGACACAAUGUGCAGAGGGAAAGCUAUUUAACAAACACAUAAGAAAUACAUGAGCCAGAAGUAGCCAACGAUAUGCACGUUGUCCAGCCUCUCAGAAAACGUCUGAAAAAGAGUUGGAUAGCUACUUGUAGACAAGGAAGGAGGGGAAGCUGUGUGUUCCUUGUGGAAGAAAGACGUUUCAGGGCUUUCAUGCCUGUAGAUACUCCGGCUGCACUCGCGCCACCUUGCGGAACUCUUUGACGUGCGUCUGUGGGCACUGCAUCUCACACCAGCUGAUGGGAACCAUCUGGG